AUGGCGAGCUCGCUCAAUGCGAAGCAGGAGAGGCAGAUCUUGAAACUCAUGCAGGGAGGCUGCUCUAACCUGGACAUCAUGAACCACCCGAGCACAGAGGAUAUUGAGGUGACCCUCGAGCAGCUCCAGCGCAUGAGAGAGUUGUCGGGCCUUGAGGACGAGGAAGGGAAGUCGCGCAGGGGGAGGAGAGGAGAGGAACCUGAAGCUACGCGCGUGAGCGAGGUUGAGACUUCCUUGGUUCAUCGAGCUCCUCCCAAGGUCUACGCCAAGAUUCACUACAAGGACGAAGAGGGGCCGCUGGUGCUGAAGCGAGAGAGAAGCAUCGCUGCCUCCUCCUCUGCCCGAUACACGUCCUCCUUUCUCAUGUCCUUCAGUCAGCAGCUCGGUCCUCUUCAGGGGAUGCACACUCUUGUGGGGGUGGGCCUCUACUUCAUCGUCCUGUACCUGCUCCUCCUUCUCUGUGCGCACCUGGUCUUGGCCCUUGCUAGUUGGAUCCUCUCUCACAAGCUCCUCUCCCUCUUUCUGACAGCCUCUUGCUGCUACGCGUAUGCCGUGCAGGUCAACGGGGAGCCGCUGACGCUGUCGGAGGCGACACGAGACAAGGUCAGGUCCUCCCUCCUGCUGCUCGUCGCCAUGGCCUGCGAGAGGAGCGCGAAGAUGCUCGCAGUGGCACGAGUGAUGCUGCAGGGGGGCGAUGAAGGCAAACCAGUGGCAUCGAGCUUGCGACAAGCGAGCGAACGAUCAAGUGAAGCUGCUCACGCGGCGUCAUAG